AUGUUUCGCGUCGAGCUUCUCGCAAAUUCUUCAUCGCAUGCGACCCCAGGGUACACCUACGUCGCAGACCGGGGGUUCGGCCCGGCCAAAUCCGCCAUGGCUCCGGCCUUGGGCCGCAAACGCGGAAUUCACAACGCCGGCAAAGGCGGCGACAUUUCUUCGCGACGUGCGAACGCAAUCAUCCGCCACAUUGCCGAACUAGACCGCGAAAACCAGCGCGAUGUACAGAUCUCCGUGCCCGCCCGGCCAGCGAAGGAGGCAGGCGCACGCGUCUCCCGGACAAAGACUACCUCGAACGUGCGCCGUAUCUUAGUCUCGCAGAAGACAUUUCGGAAUCACCUCGAUGAUGAGGAGGCUGCGAUUGCUGCGGGAGGUGGUGGACUGAGUAUACCGGUGGGAGCUGCAGCGAUCGGACCGGCCGUUCCAUCGCGAGUUAAAGGUGUAGCGGCUGCUGCUGGGACACGACGGAGCUCGACGCCAGCUUCUACCGCUGCUGCACGCAAGAAGCGCACACCGACUGUCGCUGCUACCACUACUACCUCUACACCUACGCCCGUGCCCUCGCAGACGGAGAAUACGGAUGCCGAAGCGGAAGAGGAUCGCGCCGAGCGGAAACAUAAACUCAUUAAGACGGAACAUGAUAACGAUCCUCUUCUACGAUCAUAUGCUCCAACUAUACCGUCAGAACGUAUCAUGGACCGUCUUUUGGCAGAGCCCGCUUUGUCGUAUAACGCUUCGCGCGCUGGACCGCCGAUCUCGACACAACUUCCUCGGGCCUUUUGUUGCAUGUGUGGAUACUGGGGCAAGAUUCGGUGCAAGAGUUGCCAUUUGCGAACUUGCGGGUUGGACUGUUAUAAGGUCCAUGAAGACUCGAGGUGUGGUGCCUUCUUCUAA